AUGCAGUCCAGGACCCUUGUACAGUCUCAAUGGUAUUCGUGGCGAUAUUCACUUUUGUUGCCGCUUGUCGAUAUUCUGAAGACCAUCGGUCAAAAGCUCAGCUCGGAUUUCCAAGCUUGGGAACACUCGUUUGCCCAGCUUAGCACGAUUUCCUCGUCGCUCAACGUGCAAAAGGCCUCUCUGCUCAAUCAAAUCUCUCUUCUGGAAGAGAGAUUUACCUGCCUCUCACAAUUUGAUUGGGAAAAGUAUGGACAGCUGCUUGAGGCAAUCGCACAGACAGACGCCCUAAUUGGCGAGCGAGAACGGGAGCUUGAAGUUUUACGCGACCACCAUUGUUGCGUCCAGAUGGAGCUUACCAGUGUGCAGCGUAAAAAAGAGCUUCUUGUGCAAAAAAUCGAUGUCUUCAGCAAAGAGCUAGAUGAGCUGUCCGAAAUUUCAAAGCUAGAUGCCGACCUUGCAAAAAGUAAGUGCCUUUGCUGA